AUGUUGGUGUGUGGUGGGAUAUGGGUCAAGUUUGGCAACGACAAGACACACCUUGUAUCUAUCACAACAGAGUUUGAUCCAUCCCUGUAUCUAUUCCUCCCAAAGCAAAUCCGUGAGAUCAAGGACUUCCUGGUGACUGUUCGUCGCAAGGACGCCAAGGAGGUCAGAAUCAAGAAGAACGGCAAGAUCACCAAGUUCAAGGUCCGUUGCGGUCGUUUCCUUUACACCCUCAGAGUCACCGAGCAAGAGAAGGUUCAGAAGUUGGUCAACAUUCUUCCAGCCAUCAAGGUUGUCUACGUUGAUGCCAAGAAGUAA